GACAACGAAAAUAACUCUUGACAUGACUCUCUUGGAUGAAUUUCCAAUUUAACGCCCAGGUCGUCACUCAAGGCUCAAGAGAUCAGUGUCAUUUUUCUGCUUGUUUCAUGCGGCAACGACUUACCAGACCUUACAAUCUCCACGCCUUCAAACCCGACAGAGCACAAAUAACCCGCAGGCUCAUCGUCACCAUCUGCCCUGCGAUACAACUACCAGCCAGUGUCAUACCGAUCCAAUUGAAUCGAGGCUAUACCAUUCCGAGGCACUCUAUUCAGUUUCAGACAAGAAGAAUGGCAACUACAUCCUCCUCUGCCCUCUCGGCAGUUGAGCAGGCCAAAUUGAUCGAGGAGUCCAAGCGCGCCGCCGCGCACCAGGCCGUCCAGGAGCACAUGGACGCUGGGUACAGGCACAUCGGCAUAGGCUCCGGCAGCACAGUGAUCUACGUCGUCGAGGCCAUCGCCGCCAUGGGACCAGAGCUCACCAAGAAGAUGAGCUUCUAUCCCACCGGCGACCAGAGCCGCGAGCUCAUCAAGGGUGCCGGGUUCCCGCUGCGGUACAUCCAGGAUUUGCCAGAGGGCGUGCAGCUGGAUGUCGUUUUUGACGGUGCGGAUGAGGUCGAUGAUGACUUGAACCUGAUCAAGGGUGGUGGGGCGUGUCUGUUCCAGGAGAAGCUGGUUGCGACAAGGGGGAAGAAGUUUGUGUGUGUUGCUGACUUUAGAAAAUUCUCCACGCGGCUAGGGACCAACUGGAAGAAGGGCAUCCCCAUCGAGGUCGUCACCCAGGCCACAGGCCACGUCUUAGCAGAGCUCAAGAAGCUGGGGUCGCUGAACCCAAAGUUGCGGUCUGGCCUCCCAGCCAAGGCCGGCGCAGUGGUGACGGAUAACGGCAACUCUCUCAUCGAUGCGCCGUUCCCUCCGCUGGCUCUGGCGAAGGACCUCACGGGACAGGACGGGUCAAAUGGGGUGUGGACGGUUGACGGGCUGGCGGACAAGCUCAUCAAGAUCGUGGGUGUGGUAGAGACGGGCCUCUUUACUGGGCACAAUAGUCAGGUGAUGAGUGGAGGCCAGAAGCCGUGUGCGGCUUAUUUUGGUAUGGCAGAUGGGUCGGUAGAGGUGAGGAAAGCAUCGUGAUUGUGGCAUCGAGACGUCAUACUGUACACCUAAAGACAUUUCAUGCUUCGGGUUUAAAGACAUCCCAACGAUAGAAAGACAAGAAUAUUCCU